UAAUUAGAGACCCAAACAAAAGGAAAAACGAAAGUCCCCUUCUCGCAGACACCUUACCUCUUUUCUUACCUUUCGGCAAAUCACACACUAAGUAGGGAAUGACUUGAACUCCACAGCAGUAGUCAAAAUUCAUACCCUAGCUCCAUUUUUUUGCCCCAUCUAUGGCGGGACUUUACAGUUCCCGCAAAUUAUUAACGAAAGCUGCCAAAAUCUCUACAGAGCGAUUCCAAAUUUGUCAGAUUUGGUGAAAUUUACAGUGAAUUGGUGGCUGCAGAGCGAAAUUUAGUGGACUCUAGGGCUUCAAUUUCAGAGCAGAUUUAUUUGUAUUUAUUUUCAAACCCUCAAAAGUCGAGGUGUAUUAUACGGUAUGGUGGUGUACAAUAUACGAUGAGAUUCGCGUGGAGGGUUUGAAAGGGAGAAAAAGUUGUGAUCAUGAAUACGAAUACGUAUAGCCUCUCGAAUACUACGUAUUCGGAGGUUGCGCUGUCCUUGCCCUUGCCGAAUUUGCCUAUAUGCUUCGGAGCAAACAGCGAGGAGCUUGCUUUGUUCGAGGAUGGAGAUGGCCGUGCGGCCAAAAGGUCAGCUGUUUUAGCGCAGGCUGGGAAAAUAGCGGAGCUGUUAAAAUCUACGGAUAUCAGUUACUUGUCUCUACGGGAAGAGGUUAGAAAUGGCAAAGCUUCAAUUUCAGCUGAGCCAGGGUCUGUUCUUUCUGCUGUUCUUCAACAUGAUUUUGAGGCAUUUGAUUAUUCCACACCAGGUCUUGUUAAGGAGCGUGGUUUCCGAAAUUUGUCUUCUGAAAAAAGGUCUUCUGCACAAAAUAUACAUGGUGGAAUUCUAUCACAAAGUGUUUCUAAGGGGGCUUCAACAAAUAUUCCUGAAGGAGUGACCUCGGAUGUGCAAGAGCCUAUGCCUCUUAGAAAAUCCAGAAUAAGAAGAAAAGAGGCUAGCAGAGAUGUUGCAGAUGAUAGCAAGUCGGGAGUUACUGAUCUUCAAGAUGGUGGCAUUGAAGGCCUUUGUGAACUGUUGGACAGUCAUUUUGAAAGAACAGAAAUGCCUGGGGAAAAUGAAGGCGAAGAAGAGGGUGCAUUGUUGCCUCUAUCAGAAAUCAAAAUUCUCUCAAAUGAAAUUAUGGCUGCACAUUCAAAGAAUACCCUUCAUCUGGUUCCAGUUGACAGUAUUGUGAGACUUCUAAAUCUGCUUGAUCGACAUAUACAGCAUGCUCGUGACAUAGCUGUUGAUGAAGAGGAUGAUGUUGAUUCAGAUAACUUUUGUAUUGUUAUGUCUGCAUUAGAGUCGGUUCACAUAGCUCUAGCAAUAAUGACGCAUCGGCACAUGCCUAAGCAAGUUUAUAAUGAAGAGAUCAUUGACAGGAUCAUCAACUUCUCAAGACAACAGAUAUUAAAAGCAUAUGAUCCUUCUUAUCGAAUGAUACAUAAGGGUAGAGACCCUGAUGUUUACAGGGUUGAUGAAGAUGAUGACGAUGAUGAUACUGAGUAUGGACCAGGGAAAAAGAGCCGUCGUAAGACUAAAGUUUUGAAUAGGAAAUUGAACCCGUUGAACAGGGUUUCUGGUUCUGUAUCCUCCAUGCUUCAGAAAUUGUGCAGUAUUCUUGGGCUUUUGAAAGAACUGCUGCUAAUUGAGCGCCUUCUUGACAGUUCUGUUCUACAACUGAUAAAAACAAGCAUUGCUACAUUUGCCAUUGAUAAUAUACAGCUAUUGCAAUUGAAGGCUAUUGGCGUAGUAUGUGCGAUUUUCAGCUCAUAUGUCCAGCACCGUACCAUCAUAAUGGAUGAAAUCUUUCAGCUGCUUUGGAAAUUGCCGUCAUCCAAACGUAGUCUCAGAGCUUAUCAUUUACCAGAUGAAGACCAGAAGCAAAUCCAGAUGAUAACAGCCUUGUUGAUUCAGGUGGUUCAAUGUAGUGUUGCUCUACCUGAACUACGUGAGACAGCUAGUGCUGAACCUGACACAGCUGAACACUCUAAUAGUCCAGCUAAAUGUUUUGAACCUGCAGCUGAGGCUUGCAUGCAUUUUUGGGGAACUGUACUCCAGCGGUGGAAUUCUCCAAAAGCUCAGGAUGGAUCAGACAUUAAAGGAGUUGUUGAGAAUCUUGUUGUAGAUUUACUGACAACGUUGAAUAUACCUGAAUAUCCAGCUGCUGGACUUUUACUACAGGUUCUUUGUCUUCUACUUUUUGGGAGUGUGGGAUUGAAGUGUAAAGAUGCUGUUGUACGUGGAAUGGCAAUAGACCUUCUUGGGCAGAUUGCUGCAAGACUAAAGCAUGAUGCUGUAGCUUGCAGUAAUGAGAAGUUUUGGAUUUUGCAAGAAUUGGUAGAAGAUAAGUCUGAAGUUUCUGGAAUGCAAAAACAGAAGUGUGCUAUUUGUUUAGAAGGAAAAGCUGCAAAGUUUAUGAUUCAUUGUGAUGGAUGUAAGAGAUCAUUUCAUGGUGAGUGCAUCGGUGUGACGGGAUUGGAUAUGCUGGGUCGUGGCUGGCUUUGCCACUGUUGCCUUUGCAGGAAGCAACUUUCCAUGCUUAGUUCUAACUCAAAAGGAGCUGUCAAAAAUAAAGAAGGCAAUCCAAAAAACAGUACAAGGCAAACAGCAGAAGUUUCACCUCAAAUUUCAGGAUUCGAUGUCCUUCAGCAAAUUCUUUUAAACUAUCUGCAGGAAGCUGGAUCCACAGAUGAUACAUCUACUUUUGCUCGAAGGUUUUAUCUAUGUCAGUGGUAUAGAGAUGAUCCUAAUGCAACACAGUUGCUUCCCUACUACCAUGGAAGGUGGACUUCAAAAGCUCCUGUACAAGAUUUUGGAGUUGCUCCUUUGCCUUUGUCUAGGAAUGCCAUUACAAAGAUCUCAGCAGCAUUAGGCCAACAGAGAUCACUUGCUCGUGGGUUUGAUAAAAUACUUGAUAUAUUGCUGGCCAGCUUGCAAGAGAAUUCACCAACUCCGCGUGCCAAGGCAUUACGUGCGGUUAGUGCAAUUGUGGAAGCAGAUCCUGGAGUAUUAGGUGAUAAACGUGUUAAGUCUGCAGUAGAGGGCAGAUUUCUUGAUUCUGCAAUUUCUGUACGAGAAGCAGCCAUGGAGCUUGUUGGUCGACAUAUAGCCUCUCAUCCUGAUGUAGCUGUACAGUAUUUCGACAAAGUUUCAGAGAGAAUUAUGGACACAGGAGUAAGUGUUCGUAAGCGGGUUGUGAAGAUUAUUCGGGACAUGUGCAUGUCCAAGUGUGAGUUCAAGCAAGCAGCAAAUGCUUGUGUUCGUAUGAUCUCUCGUAUCAACGAUGAAGAAACAAGUAUACAGGACCUUGUUUGCAGAACCUUCUAUGAGCUGUGGUUUGAAGAGUCUUCUGAUACACAAACUCAAAAUGUUGGGGAUGGAAGUAGUAUACCACUAGAAAUAGCAGAGCGAACGGAACAGUUAGUUGAUGUGCUGAGAAGGUUGCACACUCAUCAGGCAUUGGUUACCAUCAUUAAGCGCAGUUUGGCUUUAGACUUCUGCCCUCAGACUGCAAAAAGUAUUGGUACAAAUGCAGUUCAACAGGCCAUUGUUCGGAAACACUGUGAACUAAUGUGCCAGUGCUUAUUAGAACGGAUUUUGCAGGCAGAAGAAACAAACAGUGAAGAAUCAGAAGUUCGGGCUCUUCCAUAUGUGUUGGCAUUACAUGCAUUUUGUAUGGUGGACCCAACUUUAUGUUCUCCUUCAUCUGAUCCUUCACGUUUUGUGAUCACUCUUCAGCCAUAUCUGAAGACCCAGGCUGAUAAUCGAGAUGUUGCACAGCUGCUUCAGAGUAUUCUUUUUGUAAUUGAUACAGUCCUCCCUUUGCUUCGGAGACCUCCUCAGAAUUUUGUGGAAGAAUUGGAACGGGAUUUGAAGCAAAUGAUAGUUCGCUAUUCUUUCCUGACAGUUGUGCAUGCUUGCAUAAAGUGUCUUUGUUCCCUUGGUAAAGUUCUUAUUGAUGGUGUGAAGUCAUUUGAGUAUCUCGUGAGAAGGUUUUAUAAACAUUUAGAAAUUUACAAAGCACGGUUUGAGCCUAAAGACAAGUUGAAUGUACUACGCUGUCUUUUCUGUCUCGGCCUUCUUGUUCGCUAUGGAGCAAAUAUGAUUCCAAAUAACAGUGAAGUUAACAUAGUUCAAAUUCUCUCUCUAUACAAGCAUUACCUGUGUUCAGAUGAUUUUAAUAUUAAGGUUCGAUCUCUACAGGCACUAGGAUUCUUUUUUAUUGCUAGACCUGAAUUCAUGAUGGAGAAGGAUAUUGGGAGAAUUUUAGAGGCUGCCUUGUCAUCUGGUGCUGACACACACAUAAAGAUUCAAGCGUUACGCAAUCUCUAUGACUAUCUAGUUGACAUUGAGGAGCAAAUGGGGAUAGAUGAUUCUGGAAAGUCUAAUAAACAUGGUAACCAGCCUGAGGUGGGUCGUGCAGUACCUGUUGCUGCUGGAGCUGGUGAUAGUAACAUUUGUGGAGGAAUAAUCCAGUUACAUUGGAAUAACAUAUUGAACAGAUGCUUGGAUUUGAUUGAUCAAGUUCGCCAAUCCGCCCUGAAGCUUGUGGAGAUUGUACUUCGUCAGGGUCUGGUCCAUCCAAUCACAUGUGUACCAUAUCUGAUAGCUUUGGAAGUUGAUCAACAAGAGUCAAACUCGAAGCUGGCACAUCGCUUAUUAACGCAUAUGAAUGAGAAGUACCCUUCUUUUUUUGAAAGCCGAUUGGGUGAUGGUCUUCAAUUGUCUUUCCAAUUUAUCCAAUCAGGUGCUUUCAGUUCCAUUCAAGCACCUAAUUCAAGCAAGGGAUCAGCAAAUAUAAAAAUUAAGCAUGAUGGGAGCACAUCUGCUGCUGCAAAAGUGGGAGUUUCUCGUAUAUAUAAGCUCAUACGCAGUAGCCGUAUUUCAAGAAAUAAGUUUCUGUCAUCUGUGAUACGUAAAUUUGAUUUUGGAAACUGGAGCUAUUCACCACUUCCAUUUCUAAUGUACUGUGCUGAAGUUCUUGCUUCACUUCCUUUCACCCUACCCGAUGAACCUCUCUACCUAGUUUAUGCAAUCAAUAGAAUCAUGCAAGUAAGAGCAGGAAGCUUAGAGUCUGACAUGAAGGCUUUGAUUUCAAAUAGUCCUUUGGGAGCUCUAGUAAAGGUCACUAUUGAAACAAAGGAGGCUGAGAAAGACAAGGAAGGUGGAGAAGAAUAUAAUAUUGAAUGUAUUGAGACAAUCAACAAUUCAUCUGUUGAUGAAGAUGAUACUCAAGGCAUUCCAGAUGUAUAUAUACAAAAACUGAAGGGUGAUUGCUAUGGUGCCAUUACCUUGGCAUUGCUGUUAAAGUUGAAAAGGCACUUGAAAAUUGUUUAUAGCUUGAAUGAUGCCCGUUGUCAGGCUUUCUCCCCUUCUGAGCCAAUAAAGAGCGGAGAAGCUUUUUCAAAACAAAACAUACCAUUUAGCAUCAAGGAAACCCCCAUUGAGGUUCCAAAGACUGUCUCUAAAAUGCUUGCACAGUAUCAGGAAUUUAAAAGGCUGCUGAAGGAAGAUUCUAUAGACUAUUCUACAUACACAGCUCAAAUACCCAAAAAACGUCCUCGCGCUGUAGCUUCACAAACAGACACUACUAAAGGAGUUCAGACAAAUGGUCAUCUACCUGCAAGAAGUCUCAGAGCAAAGAUUGUUACACCCUCACGUAGAAUUAACAGAGCUGGUUCUGGUGAAAGUGAAAAUGAGGAUGAUGACUAUGAUGAUGAAGAUUGGGCUGCUCGAGGGCAGAAACAUCGGAGAUUUAGCAAUGGUGGAAGGGGAAAAGGGAGGAAGCAAUCCUUGUAACAUAGUCCAAAUUGUCGUAGAUAUUGCUUCCAAACAACAUGGAGCAACUAACACAAUUUUGACUCUUGUAUACUAUAAAGGAGCCACAAGUCAACUAUUCUCAUGGUAGUUACCAUUAUGGCUCAUGUAUAAUGUCUCAAAUUUAACCAAAUCCAUCUUUAGAAAGGAUUCUUAGGUUAGUGAUUGCAGGGACUGUCCUCAACUUCAGUAGGGGACCACUGAUUUGUGUAAAUACAUUUAUGAUAUUGGUUACCAUCUCUUUGACUUGUUUCUCUGUAUCAUUCAGAAUUCAGAGAGGCAUGACUUCUGUAUUCUCUCAUAAAUGGCAGUCGAUUUAUUGCCAUUGCUGUUAAAAUGAAUGUAGCGAUUAACUGAUAUAUGAGGCUUCCUUGUCCAUCUAUCCUCAUCGGUUCUUACUAUUGGAAGGUCUACUUUGAAUGUCUAAGUGUAAGAAAUUUAUGUCAACUAAAACAAUUCUUUACAGACA